AUGACCUUUUUUGUUGCCUAUUUCCCUGCCUUUAUUUCAAAUCUUUCAACGUCCCUAGAUGUCCAGGCAGUGUGCUUCCACCAUGCGCGAUAUAUGGGACAGGGAGCAAUUCCAUCGGUCACAUUACUAAGACGCCUUUUACAGGAACAGCCCGUGAUUGAGUACUAUUGGUGGUGCCGUAUGGAUCGAUAUCAAUCGAUAAGCACCGACGAAUGGACAGAAAACGAUGGCCUUUUCCUGUAUUCAGCCUAUCUGGACACUAGAAGGAAUUCCCUCUAUCCUCAUAAUAAUGCCAUCCAGGGUACGUUAUGUGAAAUUUGGCAACGUGGAUGGGAUCAAGGUGGAAGUUUACGAAGUAUUGAUCGUUCAGAGACGCAGGAGGAUCAUUUCUACAUCCCGAAUCUGAUAACAUGCCCCAUACCACGGAGAUUCGACUCAUCCGCGAAACUUUUCGUAUCGAUUAGCAGCCAGCCAUGCAGUGCGCAACGGGCCGCGCUGCGCGUGCGUGUCACUAAGUCCACAGGCGAGAAGGAAGCAGUUGCGGUCUGCGUAAAAGGAAUGGAUUUCCAGGAGGACGUCUCGAUACGACUUGUGGAAUGGCUCGAAGCUCAAUAUCUUCUUGGUGUAUCUACAGUAACCACAUAUGUGUAUACCGUCCCUAAAAGAGUCAAGAAAGUGUUGGAUCAUUACGGGAAGCUGGGAAAACUCGAACAGAUCCCUCUCACCUUACCCGGUCACUCGCCAAAUCUGCCUUUGGUGCGCAGUCAAUACAUUGCGAGAAAUCGUCAACAGAAGCGCCGGCACGAAUUGAUACCAUACAACGACUGCCUCUACAGUACGGCUAAUGUCGCCACCGUCUUCAACCAUUUCGCUUUACAUCGACUUACGCCAAAUGUGACCGGCACAAUUUACGUGCCGGAAAGGCUUGGGAUUAAACUCCACUACAAAGCCACUUGCCCGAUCGAAGCUCGGAAAGGAGUGCGACGAACUGCAAACGGAUACGGUAUUGGAUCACAGUAUCGAUCGAUUCGCUGA